AUGGCAUCCCAAUCAUCUACAGUGCGUGAUGUCGAUUUUGGAGGAUUUACAUACAAAGAGUUUCUUUUGUGGCUUAGGAAUUUAACCAAUGGAAGUUGUGAUAAUGUGUACUACUAUAGUAGAAAGGAAACCUUAGGUGAGGGUAUUAUAAGAAUCGACAAUGAUGCUGAUUAUUGGGAGUUUGUUGAAGCUACUUAUACUCCUGAAGCUGAGUUGGAUGUCUACAUUGACCACCAAAAUGAUCCAAUCCUUGAUUGGGCUGAAAAUGAGGUGUUAUCAGAUGGCAACGAAGAAGAGGAUGACAAUGAAGAAGAGGAUCACAAGGAAGAAGAGGAUGACAGUGAUAAAUGUGAUAACUUGGAUGAUAUUAUCGGAUAUGAGCAUGAAGUUGAUGAAGAAGUCCAUACCUUUAACAAAACUAUUGGUGAUGAUUUUUUAAACAAACUUUCAGUUAUUGGUAAGCUUAGUGAUGAUGAUGAACAUAAUGAUGGAAAAGAUGAUAAGGUUGUAUUCCCUGUCCAUGAUGAGAAUCAAGAAUUGGAUAAGAUGGUGCCAAUUCUAGGUAUGAAGUUUGCUAACCCAAUGCAAUUGAAGCUAUGUAUAACCAAUUAUACAGUGAAGAAUGGGUAUGAUUUGGGCUAUGAAAAAAGUGAUCAUAACAGAUUACUGGUGAAAUGUUGUAAGGGUAAGAAGAACAAGAAGAAUAAAGUGGAGAGUAAGGAAACAUGGAAGUGGUUUGUUGACCUUCUCCUUGAUGACAUUGGAAUGGGAAAUGGACAUGGGUUGACAUUAAUUUCAGACCAACACAAAGGAUUACUUGAGGCUGUCAAGGAAAGGGUGCUUGCAGUAGAGCAUAGACAAUGUGACAGACACAUAUGUGCUAACUUCAUGAAAAAAUUCAAGGGUCAACAGUUCAGUAAAUGUUUCUGAGAUCCAGGGCAUAACAAAGCAAAAUGUUCUCAAAAACCAAUUGGGGAAUCAUCUAAUCCAAAGCCAAAGUCAAAAAUUAAAAAAGCCAAAAAAGAAGGUAAAGUGAAGGUUGAAUUAGUUCAAGAAGUUGAUGUGGAAAGUGAUAGUGAUAGUGAAGUUCAAAGGGAGCCUGAUAGUGAGGCGGGGUCUUAUGAAGUUGAUUUUGAAGAGGGCAAUCAAACAUAUGAAGAUGUAGACCAACCUGAGGUUGAAGCUGAAGUUGGAGGGGUUGAAGCACAUGUUGAAGUUGGAGGGGUUGAAGAACAGGUUGAAGUUGAAGCACGGGUUGAAGCACUUGUUGAAGUUGAAGUUGAAGAAGGUGAAUACCAAGUUGCAGUUGUAGAUCAAGUUGAAGUUGAAGUUCAAGGACGGGGUGAAGGUCAAGAAGGUGAAGAACUUGUUGUACUUCCAGAUCCAGUUGGACAAGAUGACCAAGGACAGGCUGCACUUUAA